UCAAUUGUGCGCACGUUUUGGACUUGAAAGCUGCACUUCUACAGCUAGCUAGGCGGAAAAUCGGUUCCCCCCUUUUUUUUAGAGAGGAAAAGCCAUCUUGAGAGUACUUAGAAGUGAGGAGGGGUUUCGCCCUUUUGUUCUAGUGUGAUAUCUAGUGGUGGCAAUAGUGGCUAAAGGAGCCUUAAGGACUCCAGCGCGGAUUUCCUUCGCAUUGAAGACAGGCAGUGCGUGUGUGUGCAUCCACAUUUUCAGGAAUUCUCGAGAACGAAGAAAAACGGGACGGAGGAUUAAAGUAAGCGUGAACGAGAUUUUUAUCUGUGAAUGGUUCAGUAGUUAACUGUAUAGCAGGAUUGAAAAACGGUUUACCACGAAUUUGGGCGAGAUUCAAGCUAGUGAAGAAAAAAAAAAAGAGGUGUGGAAGGUGGUUGCAAAAAGUUUGCGCUUCGGUUCCCUUGAUACCCAGUUCGAGCCAGUAGUGAAAAAAAAAAAAAACGUCUGCAGUUUACCAGAAAGCGGUGAUCCCUGUUCGUGAGGAUUGAAGUGAAACUGGAAAAAGCAAAAAUGUGAUCUGCUGCGUGUGGAUUCGAAAAAAAACGGCGAGGAAAAUAAGGGUCGCCGGUGAUGACAGCCCAUCACCAUCGUCAUCACCAUCACCAUCAUCGCACUACGGUCCUUUCACGGUUCCAGGCUCAACCAGUCAUCUCGGGAGAUGCCGACCGAAGGAAGUUCUAGAGCAGUGGCAGCAGGAUCCCCGAGGGAGCAGGGAAUACCGUGCUGCUGAGUGUGCAAUUAAAAGGUGAUAAACAUGACGUGAAAAAACUGUGAAAUUUCCAUCGCCAGCAGAAAGCGGAACUAUACUUAUUACGGGGAAACAUCUGCUCGGAACUGCCGAACCAGCAGAGAGGAGUGAAGCUUCUCGGAAGAAGGAAACCGUGAUCACAUGCAAAACACUGCGAUGGAAAGUGUGAGAACGAGUAGUACACAUUUUUAAUUACAUUCUUAAUUGAAUCUGACCGGUAGAUUGCUAAAAGUGUGCACCAGAAGGGAUUAUAGCUUCAUCAAGAAAAUAAAGCUACGAAAUAGCAUUCAGCUUUCUUAGUGAUACCAACCUGUAGUGAAAGUGUGUAGUAGCAUUAUUUAAGGCACUCGAUUGAAGGACUGUGCCACCGUUUAGUAGAGGUUAAUUGGAUUAAAGCCGAAGCUUAAUCUCACGCACAGGCGGCUAUCGAUAGCGAAAUAAAACUAUAAGCAUAUUCAUGGAGUAUAAAAAUAAAACUACUUGUGAACUCUAGCAAACCUGACCUCAGGCUCACGGUUGAAGGGAGUGGUUCCACGCGCGCGUCCGUUCCUAACAAUAAUAGCCAUACCGACGCCGCCGCAAAGACUCGUGAAGGAAGGAGCUAUGCGAAAAAUAUGAACAGCAAUCGAGAAAAUAAAUAGAAAAGACCAUCCAGCGGGAAAGAUUUGUGGUGCUAAGGUUAAGAACGUGUCGUUAUCGCAGCAGUGAUCAACCGUAUGGCAACUACUAGGUGAAUAAAAUAGUGUGUGAUCCCAACUCUGGUGAAGGAAAAUUUUCGGUGUGUUUGUGUGGGUGUAGGGAAUGAAAGAAUACUCGGAGGAAAGUUCAAGUGUUGUAUAUAAUUUUAUCGUCAGCUUAUAUCCUUCGUUAAUAGUAAAUUGAUUGGAAAAAGGUGUGUGCGGUGGACGGUUUUGUGAGCCUUUUUAUUACUAGACAUAAUAAUACAUAUUUCACCGCGUACAACAUAGACGCUCUCGACUCGAAAUACACACAUACAUACAUUUUCACGUGGACGGAAGAAAUUGUGGACGGUCAAUCGAGGGAAAACUGGGACGAGAGAAAAAAAAAGGAAUUUCGAAUACACAUUCACCGGGAGGCGUCCAAAAUCGCAGUCAUCUCAGGCAUGAAUAACGAGAGGUGGUGUGUGGUGCAAUAAAGAAUUCACACACAGAGACGCAUAACGAGUGCUUGCUCCAGGGCUUCCUUUCUUGACAAAACGAUCCUUCCGCAGUGAUUGGCGAACCGCCUACGAAGCAAGCCUUUGAAGAUCCGUCGCAAUAGUGAUAAUUAGUGUAAACAGAAGUAAUGUAUCGUGCAGUGCUGUUCAGUGCUACCGUUACGAAUUACACGGAAAUGCCUUCAUCGAAUCGGUGAAUGCCCCUCUUGUCGGCAGGUGCCAUGUCAAAAACUGCGCCACAACCACCAGCAUCUCUGUUCGAAUUGCCGUUGUCGAGAAGCCCAUCGUCGACGUCGUCAUCUCAGUCAUCGUUAGCGCCGUCACUGUCGUUGAGCUCAUCGGCGACCUUAUCGCCACAGCCACCGAUAUCCUCGUCGCGAACCUCAUCAGUGUCGCUCUCAGUACUCUUCAUUCGGAGUGGUGCUCUGUUCGACGGUCGUGAGGCAACAGCAAUCCAGCAGUUAGAUGGCCCUAUGGUGGGCGAUCGCGACCGAGAGCGUGAAGCGGUGCGCUGGGAACUGGGGGAAACUACGCCACCCCCGUUUAAUAAUGGUGGGCCGGGAACCAUGUGCAGCGGUCCAGGAGCGCCGGGCAGUUCACUGCCAGGCGGAAGCUUCGAUGAUGGAACCAUCAACACAACAACGAACAUCGGAGGCUUUGGGGGCGGAGGAAGCAGCUCUGGUGGCUUCGGCGGAACUGGCCCACCGGGUGGAGGAGGAACAGGAGGCGGCGGUGGUACUUCGGGCGGUGGCGGAAGCACGAAGGAAGUUCGCUACGCGCCCUUCCCUGUUCAAUCUCCGACACAUCCUGCCUCUGCAAGUUAUACGCAAAUGUCUCAGGCACCGCUGCAAAGGGCACAUUCCAGAUCUAUGUCAUCAAUACCACCGGAGCCCUUCAUGAUAAUGCGCUCGAAGGCGCUCAAUCGACGUGUGUUAAUCAAUGUAGGUGGCGUCAAACACGAAGUCCUAUGGCGAACACUCGAACGGCUGCCUCACACACGACUCGGGAGACUGCGCGAGUGUAACACGCACGAAGCAAUAUCGGAGCUAUGCGAUGACUACUCACUGAUAGACAACGAAUACUUUUUCGAUAGACACCCGAAAAGUUUUAGUUCAAUGCUUAAUUUCUACCGCACCGGCAAACUGCAUCUGGUGGACGAGAUGUGCGUGCUGGCGUUCAGCGACGACCUCGAAUACUGGGGCGUCGAUGAGCUGUAUCUGGAGUCCUGCUGUCAACACAAGUACCACCAACGAAAGGAGCACGUUCACGAAGAAAUGCGAAAAGAAGCGGAAAGUUUGCGUCAACGGGAGGAGGAAGAAUUUGGAGACGGAAAAUGCGCACAAUAUCAAAAGUACCUCUGGGAGCUCCUCGAGAAGCCGAACACUAGCUUUGCCGCUAGGGUGAUUGCCGUGAUAUCUAUUCUCUUCAUAGUAUUAUCUACGAUAGCUUUGACACUCAAUACAUUACCGUCCCUGCAAUCCGAACAUAACGGCACCUCCCAGGACAAUCCCGAGCUAGCGAUGGUUGAGGCGGUGUGCAUCACCUGGUUCACGCUCGAAUACGUCCUGCGGUUUAGCGCAUCGCCGGACAAGUGGAAAUUUUUCAAAGGCGGCCUCAAUAUAAUCGAUCUGUUUGCCAUUCUGCCCUAUUUUGUGUCCUUGUUCCUGUUGGAGACCAACAAGAACGCCACGGACCAGUUCCAGGAUGUGCGCCGGGUGGUGCAAGUCUUUCGCAUCAUGCGCAUCCUGCGAAUCCUCAAGCUGGCCCGACAUUCAACGGGCCUGCAGUCGCUUGGCUUCACGCUGAGAAAUUCCUACAAGGAGCUGGGUCUGCUAAUGUUGUUCCUGGCAAUGGGCGUACUCAUAUUUUCGUCCCUGGCAUAUUUUGCUGAAAAAGACGAGCCUCAGACCAAGUUUGUAUCUAUACCCGAAACAUUUUGGUGGGCGGGAAUCACCAUGACCACGGUUGGCUACGGGGACAUCUACCCCACUACUCCGCUUGGAAAAGUGAUUGGUACCGUGUGUUGCAUAUGCGGCGUACUGGUAAUCGCAUUGCCCAUUCCUAUCAUCGUUAACAAUUUCGCUGAGUUUUACAAGAAUCAAAUGCGGCGGGAGAAGGCCCUGAAGCGGCGCGAGGCACUCGAUCGUGCCAAGCGCGAGGGAAGCAUCGUCAGCUUUCACCAUAUCAAUCUUCGCGAUGCCUUCGCCAAGAGUAUGGACCUGAUAGACGUCAUCGUCGAUACUGGUGAACAAAGUGACCUGAUGGAAUCACCCCCUGAAUCGGUUGUGGUCACACCGUUGGCCGCCAGACGACGACAGCCACCGCUAUCAUCCAGAUUGGCAGAGUUGAACGAAGAGCUACGAGCCGAAUCACCGAGGCACAAUCUCUCGACCGGGGAUGGAAACAGCACCGAAGAGGGCGAUUCAAUGGGCGGUGGCCGCAAUCCUGCCAUGACCGGUGUUGGCUGCUAUAAAAACUACAAACAUUCCGCCGGAUUGAGAAAGAGAGGCAAUUCACAGUCCGAAAACUACCCGCAAAACUCUACUGGACCUAUGGACACCGAUGCGGCUCCACCCUACAGCCCAACCAUGCAGCAGCACAAUAUGAUGAUCGACAUGGAUGCAACUGAGGAUCAGCAACUGAUCAUGCAAGAAACUCCACAGCAUGAGCCUUCUGUUAUGAUGGCUACCAGGGCGUACUACAACAAUCAAUGGAGCAACGAGGAAGUAGAAGAACUACGACGUCAAGUUGCUAUAGAAACUUCUUCCACUAGUAAACGGGACAAAUCCGAUACUGAACUGCCAUCCGAGUUUGAGUGUUGUUUUUGCACGUCAAAGGAGUACAAAGAGUUUAUCGAUGCUGAAGGUUUAAUGCCACUUCCAACUUCCGACUUCCACACGACGGUCUGCUUAGAGAUGCGUAUGCUAAAGAAUAGUAUGAACAAUAACUGUAUAGCCCCACCAGCACAAUUCGGUCCAAGUACAAUAUCAUAUCCAUAUCCGUAUGUGGAUACACCAAUCAAACAUUCUAAUAACUGUAAUAAUAAUAAUAAUAAUGUGAAUAGUAACGCGAACGGUACCAGUAACAACAAUAACGCUAGCGUUAGUAAUAACAAUAGUAAUAGUAACAAUGGUGAUUUAGCUAGUGUCGAUAGCUCUGAUACAUACGCUAGUUGUCAAACGCAUCCAUUCCUAUCACAAGGUGAUCUAACAUCCGAUAUUGUAGAUAUGUCAUUCGACUUAGAUACGCUAGAUACGAACAAUCUGUACAUAAAUCCACUGGAGAAAGAUUCUCAACAGCAACGUUCUGUAGGUAGUCGAUCGCAGGUGAAAAAAAGUGCUUCCGGAGAUACUGGCCUGAGAAGUUUGGGAGCCAGCCCGAUGGACGACGAAUAUAAGCAAUUCCAGGCCUCGUUCGAUACGUCUGAUCGGGGCAGCCGCGUCAGCCUGAACGAGACCCCGGUGCCAAAGCAUCGCAAGACCCGCUUCCAGCAGGGUGCCACCUCGGCAGCGCUGGCCGCUGCUGCUAGGCCUAAAACCCGCUUCGAGAAUCUCAAAUCCUCGAUCGAAAGCCUUGAAGAGGCGGGCGCGGCUGCUACAGCUACAGCUAGCGGUGGCAGUUUCAUCAAAAAGACACGAAGAUCUUCCUUCAUGCCAGCCAAAAGUAUAGCCUCGGCAACCAAACUCAUCAACCAGCACCUGUUCGGUAUCCAGAAUCCAACGCCAAAAGGUAAAGAUGAUACUAAAAAGUUAUCGUUGUCCAUAGAUUCGAUAGAAACGUCACCUCAGUUAGAAACACAUCGACGAUCGAAAUCGAUCCUUAAAAAUAAAUCAGAAGCGUCGAGACUUUUGUCCGAUCCAGAAAGCGAAAGACUAUUGGCUGACAAUAUGUCUGGAUCCGGGGUCUCGGAUAACGGUGCCAAUAUGGGGAGCGACUCAAAUACUGACUACUCCGGAAGCACAAUGAUCGCAACCUCCAUCACACCGAUAGCACAACGACACCGUCUAGUGCACCAGCGUUCGACACCUGCCUCGUUGGGCAGCAGAGCACCGGCCAAGUUCCAGCAGCCACGCUUCUCCCAAGAGGAUUUUGCCCGGCAGAGCAAACCACAACUCACCAGGGGCGUCGGUGUCGGUACGUACGUCGAUCAUCUUACCGGUGAUCGCCGGCUGGACACAGAGACUAGGGAAAGUAGCACAGAAUCGGAAACGGCAUUCUCAACAUAUCUUGCAGCUAGUAAUAGUAAUAAUAAGGACAAAACAUCGUUCGCCGGUAGUAGUUUGACGUCGAGUGAUGAAAGUAAGACGACCACCAGCAGGGGGAAUUCGGUGGAAAACCACGGCGGAAGUAGCGGCUACGGAGCAUCGUCAUCGUAGCAGGAAGCUUCCAGAACCAACCUCAACGAAAAAUAUUGAAGCUAUAGAUAAUGUUAAACCGGAAAACAAACCUGUAAAUAUGCCACUCUACACGUGAAACGUACGGAACACACUACACACUAAACCAAAGAGAGCAACAAUUCAGAGGGAAACCCUUUUCGAUAAUGCAAUCAACAAAUUGAAGCAUGUGCCGACAAAAACAGAAACCAAAAACCAUUGUUAAUGUAAAGUUAGAAAAAAGGAAAUUAAUAGUGACAAAACAAUUGCAACACAAACUAAACUAAGAUCUUUUAAAGACAUUCGAACUAGGAAGGUAAAAAAAACACUUAAUUUUAAAUUCAACAGCAAAGGAAUAAACGAAGCAAAAACAUUAUAUCACUUCGAAAAACAGAAAAAGAAAGUAAACGUUUAUGUUUACAAGCAAAAUGAUAUUAGUCGCAACACACUGAUCGUCAAAUGCAUCGAUUAUUCGUCAAUCGCACUCUACUAGGCUAAAGGGUAUUUAUAGUAAUAUAAAAAGUGAAAACAAAGAAAAUAAAAUGUUACAAAAAAGGAACGCCUGUCCAUAUUCUAGUCAUCGUAAGCUCAGAGAGUGAUUCGUAGUGACAGCAGCAAACAGCAUCAGCCGCAGCAGCAGCAGCAGAAGCCAGAGAACAAGCAACAUGCAAAGUUUAUAGUGCACUUUUAGCUUCAGCGAAGCUUCACCGCAUCUUGUCAUUAAUUAUUGUGAACCGCCUACACCCACUAGCCUGUAGGAACCACACGGAAUGGGAGAGCUACAGUCCGCCAUUCAAUACCCGCCCGCCCGGCCAUUGUACCGCCGCCACACGAUCCGAUAGAAGUACGCAAGUAUGGCUGUUUGUGCUCUAGGCAAGAUAAAAACAAAGUCUUUGUAUAUAAUCAAUUUUAUUACCAAUGGAUUUAGAGAGAUAUAACAAUUUUACUAAGGCAGCGCGCUAGAGAAAUUGAAAAUUAAAAGAAGAAAAAAAAAGAUACAAACGAUUGAAAAGACUUGAAUUUGAAUCUAAGUUUUAUCUCUUGUUUUUCUCGAGAAACCCAUCUGACAGAGAUGAAAAUAACUGAUAAAUUUUCGAAUAAGUGAUAUUCGUUUCUAAAAGAAUACAAACUUUUGAUUGUAUAUUUAUUCAUCAAAAACAUUUAUGGAAAACUGUUUGUAAUACAUUCGAUAGAGCAAAAUGCAAAAAGAACCUACAUUUUCAGGACAAAUACGGGGAUGUAUAAAUACAAAGACGUCAAUAAUUCCAGCUAUCCUUAUAGAUACUAUACGCUAUAAUCUUUAUAUCGAUGAGUGAGAUGCCUCUUCAUUACGUAAUGUGCUCGUCGUUGGAAUCGUUCUUUAGUGAGAAUUUAAACGCUAGGAUCAUUUAAUUGAAGCUAAAAAAAAACAUACCUUCAGUUAUGAUUUGAAAUGAAAUAUCGGUUGUGAGCGACUUCAAUUUCAUUGAAUGUUUUCUAACAUGUGAGGUUAACGUUAAAGAGACAGAUUGCUAAAUGAAUUCAUUUGUAUUGCACUAAAGUGGUCAACAGUAAGAUACUUUCAACUCUUUAAAAAAAAAAGGCGCGAAGCACAGUUGCAACCUAUUAGCGAUAAGCGAUGCGCUUCCCGAAGAAAGUCGGUUAACAAAAUGAAAGCAAAUUGAUAUUAAAGUUUGUAGUUCUUAUCAUAAUGAAAACUCAUUUUGAUUUCAAUUUUCACGACAUUAGUCAGAUACCAUAUUGCGUUUUCAUUAUGCAGUCAAUACUUUUUGAAUUAAAGCAACUUAACUUGAAGUUCUGCUGUUAACGUCUUGUUUUAAAUUUAAUUUAAGCAUCUGUCGUUGAACUAACGAUUAUUGUUUAUUUGUUUUGUUCAACACAUUUUAGAUCUUUCAUUACUUGCCCGGGGUGAGAUUUGAGCUCAAGUUUUUCAGCGUGAGAAGCAUGGAUGCUAACCAUUUACGCCAGGCCCGUACUCAGUUAAACAUUAUGAAUGCAAAAUCAGAUAACAAAUUGAUUUCUUUGAAAGCAAGAUUAGCUUUCCGCUUGAUUCAACAAUGUAAAAGUAUGCUCUCAUUUUUGCUGUGUUAACCGUUAAGUCAACCAAAAUGAGAUCAACUGGAGUAUUCAAAAUAAGUUACAUUAUAACAGCAAAUUUUGAUUUCAAUUUGAUCUCCAGCUUUGCUCCGGUUGUUGAUGAUGCUCACUCCAUGAGCAUUGAACGUUAGAGAAAAUAAUACAGCCAUCCCCCGAAGCCACUGAGUUGCACCCACCGCUUUUUCUCGGCGGGGAUUGAACCAGUCGGUCUGAUUUUUUGCAUGUGAUUAGGGUCAAUGGAGAACUAGUCACUCGCAGAAAAUCAGACCGCUUGGUUGAAAACCCACCGAGACAAAGCGGUGGGUGCAACUCAGUGGGUAACGCGUUCUUCGGGGAAAGCUGUAAAAGCAACCAGUGCAAGUCGUGUUUGCUGUGUCCCGUUCCGAAUCUAGCCGUUACUGAUAUUUGGACACUCAAUGACGGUCAAACGGUGCCCAAAUCACGAUUAUUGUCGAACUUGCAUGCACCUCGGAUUUUCUAUCGCAAUAAGAUAGUCAAUAUCAUAAGAAACAGGUUUUGGAAGGCUAUAAAAUAUUUCGUCUGCAAUUUUUUGAAAAAAAAAUUAGUGGAGGCGCAUGGUACUUUGUUACUAUGAAUGGUCAUAAUUAUGUUUUAACAAGUUUAAAAAUGAUUUAUUCCUAUAAAUAUACACUCCGCUGCUCGUUUUCAUUCAAAAUGAAGACUGUUGUAAGCAGCAACGCAACUCAAGAGCUUAUUAUUAUAUUUUGAUUUGGUAAUAGACACCUUGUAGUUUUCCCAAUUUUUUGAGAAAUGUUUGUGAAUCGCUUCGAUAGUUUGUUUGGAGAAGUACGCUAAGCCUUUUUCUUUGCUGUUACAAAACUCCGCCACAUGUUUGUGGAUGAUGCGGAACUUAGGAGUGAACGGAAGUUGAGCGAAUUUCCACGCUUUGCAGAACUCACUGAUGCGUGUACCGUAAUUCUCUCGUAGUUUUGCCCCAAAACAAGCAUCCAUAACGUUCUGCAGUAUCUCUAGCACACUAACAUACUCCUUCAUGGUUUAAUCACUGUUGUCCAGCAAACUUCGCUUCACCAGGAGACUGCGACAAUGCUUUCCUUGAUGCGUGAUCCAACAUUGUGCUUAAUCUGGAUUAUACUCCGAAACCUUAUCAGAAAUUCACCAUACCUAAAAGAAGUUGCAACGGCGGAGGUGGGCAAACAUCUAAGAUCAAUGUUUCGUUUUUUUUUUUCGUGUAUAAGAGGUAUUUGGACGCAGUUGAAGUACUUUUACGAUGCUCUGUUUUCUUUGACGAAACCAAUUGUACGCAGCGCUCCAAACUUCUCACCCAAUUAAUUAUUUUUCACUGUGCAAAAAGCACAAUGAAAAGUAGGGCUGUUGCCCAUCACACCUGCUAUUAUAUUAACGAUCUUUAGAUCACCUAGAAGAACAUUCAAAGUUAAAACCUACCGAAUAAAUCAAAUAAUAUUGAUGUGUCGGUGAAAAGUGCAUUCACCGUACCGAGUUCUAGUUUCGACCGAAUUGUGUCUACAUUUGCAUAGUUCUCCUGAACAUUUUCAACAAGCGUGAGGAUAAAACCAACAAUCAAUACGAAACUAACGAUUUUAAAUUGGCUCACUACUUGACUAGCCUAUUGGUCCCAAGCAAACGAUUAACGUACCCCAUUCUAAUCGAAAUUCUAGUACUACGCAAUGUUUGUUUUGAUUUGCUAUGAAAGUUUGACAGAUAAAAUGAGGGGUUAGUGGUUUUUCCUAUGUUUCGAGGGGUGAAUCGACUAGCUUGGGACCGAAGAGAGUACCAGAGCUGAGCCAAAAAGUUGAGCACGUUAUUUCGGGACCUUCUAGUCUUAGAGUUACCUCUAUGAUAAAACAGCGCUUAACUCCAGAGUCCUUGAACUCUGACUGGUAAGAACUCUGACUGGUGUUUAUCUUCAAUAAUACGGAUGAAUUUUGAGCGAGCCUUGGCCGCCGUCGAUUCCCACUAGCAAACGUCCAUCCCGUAUGUUUCGUCGACCUAUCAAGUAAUCAAUGAAACCAAAUACUGAUCGACAAUAAACCAAUUCUCGAUAACUUUUUCAAAGGUACGUAGCAGCUUGUGUGAACAAUGUAUUUGAUCGUCGAUUUGGCGUAACUGGCAGCUCGCUCACACAUUCU